UUUAUAACACUCUGCAUGAGACAUCCUGUAGGAACAGUAGAGAUCACACCAGUAACUUUUCUUCGAGUUUUGCAUCACUUUCAGUCUCUUACUGGACAGCUAAAGAGAACUGGUGUCUCCAAAACUGAAAAUGGAAGAGAUCCAGACCGAGACGAGACAUUUGCUUGAAAAAGACCUCCAGGGAUUAAGAGCAGCUGUUCAGCAGCUUGAGAUGAAGGAGCAUGAUGUUGAGACACCAUAUGGCCGAAUCCAUUGUACUAUGAAGGGAGUCCCCAAAGGAGACAGACCUGUUAUUCUCACCUUCCACGACAUUGGCUUGAACCACAAGACAUGCUAUGACACUCUUUUCCAACACGAGGACAUGCAUGAGAUCAUGCAGCACUUUGCUGUGUGUCAUGUGGAUGCACCAGGACAGCAUGAGGGUGCUAAUACUUUUUCCACCGGAUACGAGUACCCAUCUAUGGACCAGCUCUCCGAGACACUUCCUCUGGUCCUGAAACAUUUUGGUCUUAAGAGUGUGAUCGGAAUGGGGGUUGGAGCUGGUGCCUACAUUCUUGCAAAGUUUGCUCUGGACUACCCUAAAAUGGUGGAAGGUAUUGUUUUGAUCAACAUCAAUCCAUGUGCUGAAGGUUGGAUGGACUGGGCGGCACAAAAGAUCAGUGGUUGGACUCAUGACAUGCCUGACAUGAUCAUCAGCCACCUUUUUGGAAAGGAAGAAAUUCACCACAACCAUGACCUGAUUGGCACUUACCGCCACCACAUCAUGAAUGACAUGAAUCAGUACAACCUGCAACUCUUUGUCAAGGCAUACAACAGCCGAAGAGACCUGGAAAUCGAGAGGCCUGUUCCUGGAGGAAACAUUAACGUCAGAACCAUCAAGUGCCCCUCUCUUCUCGUCGUUGGAGAUAGCUCUCCUGCAGUGGAUGCUGUGGUGGAGUGCAACACCAAGCUGGACCCAACCAAGACCACACUGCUCAAGAUGGCUGACUGCGGAGGCUUGCCUCAGGUUGACCAGCCUGGAAAACUGACUGAAGCCUUUAAAUACUUUAUACAGGGAAUGGGCUACAUGCCUUCAGCCAGUAUGACUCGCCUGGUCCGCUCUCGCACUGCCUCCGGCUCCAGCGUCACCUCCUCUGAUGGCAACCGCAGCCGUUCUCACACCAACGAGGGCAGCCGCAGUCGCUCACACACUGCCGAAGCCCAUCGUGCACGCUCCCACACUGACUCUGCAGAGGACCAGUCCGUGCCCAAAUCUACCGAGGUGUCAUGCUAAAGCAGCUCCAUCUUUCCCUAAACCGUACCAUGCACUUCCUUUAACACACUUCCUUUCCCUUGUGUGUGUAUAUGUGUGUGCAUGUUGCGCUGUCGUAAAAAUGCCCAGGAGUGCAGGCCACCAGCUUUGGGCACGCUGUCAUCCCAGAAUACAGCUGAAUUAGUCAGUGUAUUACUUGAGAGUUCUCUGGGAAAUGCUGUCUAGAUGUAGUAAAAUGUUUGAAAGGGAAACUCCCCUAAUCUGUUGAUUCACCCCAUUUUGGGGGCUGAUUUUCUUUAUGCAGGAAACAGCAGAUAUGCUGUAAACAAGAGAAUUAGAUGGUCUGGAAAGCAUCCAUGUUUGUACAUAUGUACUCUUCAUGCAUUUAUCAGUAUACUUUCUUUGCAUUCUCAUUUACUUGAUUGUAGUGUUGCUUAUCUCACAAAUGCCUGUAAAUGGGCUUUUUUUUAAGCAGUAAUGUAUUUGCUUAUUAGUUUUAAUACUGGAUUAAUUUUAUGUAUAUUUUGAAACUGAUUGAUGAAAGGAUAUGGUGGUGGAUAUGAAGGUUGGCUUUUUUUUUUCCUUUUUUUAAAAAAUUCUACCUACCUUAAAAAUAAAUAACAUACACAGACUAUUUUCCUUUUCAUUCAUCUAUCCCCCCAACUAUUUUCCUUUUCAUUCAUCUAUUUCCCCCCCCCCAAAAAAAAGACUAUUUUGGGGAAGUAUUUCUAACCUAGUUGGUAUUGUUCAUUAACUUUUUUUUUUCUACUAGCGAUCAAUUAUCAAGUGAUCUGAGACAUUUCAAAAAAUAAACAAAGGAAUUACUGUAAAUAUUCAAAUGAAUGAUUUCAUUGGGGUUUUGGACAGAAUCAUAACUUUUAUGGAGUUAAGCAAAACAACAUGUGCCCUGGAAAUCUAUUCUGUUGUGGUUUAGAAGAAUAGAGGGGGAAAUCCAAUAAUGGGCUUUUAAGGUAACAAACAUUUGGAAAGACGCACAGAAACCCAAUGCAGACUACACUACAGUUUAAUGGACUAGGAGUUGUAUUUAUUAAAAAGAAAGAAAGUAAUCCAAA